UGAACAGGCAGGGAGCAGCGCCUAGGGAAGGAGGACGUAUGUCGAUUCGCCAAGGUGCCUGGAAAAUUGAAGGAAACGCUGCAAGGGACAGCUUUUAGAUAUUUCGGGGCUUGCCAAUUAGGGCUCCGUUCAGGGUCGAUUACAUCGGUUUUUCAUUCACUGUGAAAUAGAGCCUGUUAUUUAUCCCCCAAGAUGGGCAAUCGGGGAGUGGAUGACUUGAUUCCUCUGGUAAACAGACUGCAGGACGCCUUCUCUGCCAUCGGACAAAAUGCCAACCUGGACCUUCCUCAGAUCGCAGUGGUCGGCGGCCAAAGUGCUGGGAAAAGCUCGGUUUUGGAGAACUUCGUUGGGAAGGAUUUUCUGCCUCGUGGCUCUGGUAUCGUCACUCGGCGUCCCCUAGUGCUACAGCUCAUCAACUGCCCUACUGAAUAUGCUGAGUUUUUGCAUUGCAAAGGGAAGAAGUUUACAGAUUUUGAUGAGGUUCGUCAGGACAUUGAGGCAGAGACAGAUCGCAUCACUGGCCAAAACAAAGGCAUUUCACCGGUCCCUAUCAAUCUGCGCGUCUAUUCGCCUCAUGUUUUGAAUCUCACCCUUGUGGACUUGCCUGGUAUGACCAAAGUGCCGGUAGGGGACCAGCCGCAUGACAUUGAGUUUCAGAUCAGGGAUAUGCUAAUGCAGUUUGUGACUAAGGAGAACUGCUUGUUGCUGGCUGUGUCUCCGGCCAACUCUGACCUGGCCAAUUCAGAUGCCCUCAAGAUUGCCAAGGAGGUGGACCCUCAGGGUUUGAGAACUAUAGGUGUGAUCACUAAAUUGGAUCUAAUGGAUGAAGGAACCGAUGCACGUGACAUUCUGGAGAACAAGCUUCUUCCUUUACGUAGAGGCUACAUUGGGGUUGUGAACCGCAGUCAGAAGGACAUUGAUGGCAAGAAAGACAUCACUGCUGCAAUAGCAGCGGAGAGGAAGUUCUUCCUCACCCAUCCAGCCUACCAUCACCUGGCCGAUCGCAUGGGGACUCCGUACCUGCAGAAAGUUCUUAACCAGCAAUUAACUAACCACAUCCGAGACACUCUGCCAGGACUGAGGAACAAACUUCAGAGCCAGCUACUGUCCAUUGAGAAAGAGGUGGAGGAGUACAAGCACUUCCGCCCUGAUGAUCCUUCUCGCAAAACCAAGGCUCUGCUACAGAUGGUGCAGCAGUUUGCGGUGGAUUUUGAGAAGUGCAUUGAGGGUUCAGGAGAUCAGGUGGACACAGUGGAGCUGUCUGGAGGUGCGAGGAUCAAUCGCAUCUUUCACGAGCGCUUCCCCUUUGAGCUGGUUAAGAUGGAGUUUGAUGAGAAAGAGCUGCGUAAGGAGAUCAGUUACGCCAUCAAGAACAUCCACGGUAUCAGAACCGGUCUGUUUACUCCAGACAUGGCCUUCGAGACUAUUGUUAAACGGCAGAUUGCAAAGAUCAAAGAGCCAUGUCAGAAAUGUGUGGACCUUGUCAUCACUGAGCUGGUCAAUACAGUCAGGCAGUGCACCAAGAAGCUGGCUCAGUACCCCAUGCUUAGAGAGGAAAUGGAGAGGAUUGUCACCCAGCACAUCCGAGAUCGAGAGAGUCGCACCAAGAAUCAGGUCAUGUUGCUAAUUGACAUCGAGUUAGCAUACAUGAACACCAAUCAUGAGGAUUUCAUCGGUUUUGCAAAUGCCCAGCAGAGAAGCAGUCAGAUGAAUAAGAAAAAGGCUGCUGGCAAUCAGGAUGAGAUAAUGGUGAUCAGAAAGGGUUGGCUGACCAUCAAUAAUAUUGGCAUCAUGAAAGGAGGAGCCAAGGAAUACUGGUUUGUCCUGACCGCUGAGAAUCUGUCCUGGUACAAAGAUGAUGAGGAGAAAGAGAAGAAGUACAUGCUGCCAUUGGACAACCUGAAGCUCAGAGAUAUAGAGAAGAGUUUCAUGUCCAGCAAGCACGUGUUUGCUCUCUUUAACACCGAACAAAGGAACGUGUAUAAAGACUACAGGCAGCUUGAGUUGGCUUGCGACACUCAGGAGGAGGUGGACAGCUGGAAGGCGUCCUUCCUACGAGCUGGAGUUUACCCAGAGCGCAUCACUGAUAAAGAGAAGAGUGAUGCUAGUGAGGAGAACGGCUCAGAUGGCUUCACGCACUCCAUGGAUCCUCAGCUUGAGAGGCAGGUGGAGACCAUCAGGAACCUUGUGGAUUCCUACAUGGCCAUUGUCAACAAGACUGUGCGGGACCUCAUGCCUAAGACCAUCAUGCAUCUCAUGAUCAACAACACUAAGGAAUUCAUCCAUGCUGAGUUGCUGGCUAACUUGUACUCAUGUGGAGACCAGAACACUCUGAUGGAGGAGUCAGCAGAACAGGCUCAGCACAGGGAGGAGAUGCUGCGCAUGUACCACGCUCUGAAAGAGGCCCUCAACAUCAUCGGGGACAUCAGCACCACCACCGUCUCCACUGCCAUGCCCCCGCCGGUGGAUGACUCCUGGCUGCAGGUACAAGGAGGACCUUCAGGGCGCAGAUCUCCAAUGUCUAGUCCCACUCCCCAGCGUCGGGCCCCACCUGGGCCCCCUCGUCCAGGUGGACGCACCGCCCCAGGACCCCCUACUGCUGGAGCACCUCCUGUGCCAUCCAGACCUGGAGCCUCUCCUGACCCCUUCGGCGGCCCCCCGCCCCAGGUCCCCUCUCGUCCCAACCGCGCCCCACCAGGUGUCCCAAGUCGGAGAGUGCCAGCCUCCCCCACCAGAUCCAACAGAGACUCACUCACUGAGCAUUAACACUGGUGAUCAGCAGACAGAGGAAAACACUGACCCCUCUGCCACUGUAUCACAUGCAUGCACACAAGCACAGUCCACAAACAUAUCACAUGUUUACUUGAAAGAGUAUUUACUCUUACACAAUAUACACCAGGAAUAUUAUAAAUUGGUCUAAUAACUGUAUACCGUUCACAUUCACAUGAGCGCAGAUGUGGUGCCAUUGUAUUGCAUUACCAGCAUAUAUCCUGUAUUUAGGAAUGAAAUACACUAGUUAUAAAACGCACAGGGAUUGUCCGUGUUCCAGCCUAUUUCACAGUUUGCUUCAACAUUUAUGCACAUGGAUGCUAGAUGACACUGGCAUGUUUUUGCCUUUAUUAGCAACAACUAAGCCUUAACCAGCAUCUGACCAGUUCUUAACCCCUGAAUAAACGUGACCUGCAA